GCUGUAAGCCACAACUGCUGCUAUAGUGUUUGAAUAACUAUUCAAACACUAAGUGAAGACAACAAAUGUUAUGUAAAAGUAUGAAUUAUCAUCAGUAUGCAGCUAUUUUAUUCAUUAAUAGUUAUCUUUAAUGUUGUGUAAUGUCCAGAAAACAAGGUAGUUCCAGUUAUCAUUUACAUUAUAGCAGCUAUAAACAUUAAUUCCUUCACCAGCCCAUAAUUUUUGAAUGCCUCUUAAAAUUAACAAGACAAAAAUGUAAUUUAUUGUGUUACUGAGAAACUUUACGGCCCUCUGUUCUGAAGACGUUCUUGUGUAAGAAAUUUUAAAGGAACAAUUUUACCUCUGACUGUUACAAAACACUGGCACUAGAGACUCUUUCCAAAAAAUAUUAAAUAAACCUCUCCUCACACAAACGUCACCAUAUCAACAAUUUUUUUUUUUUUUUUUUUUAACAAAUCCAUUUGUGUCCACCAUACAAGUCUCUUUGUAAGCUCUUACUAUUGAAAUGAUAACAUAUUGGAAAGAGCACACUAAUAGUAACUUGUGACAUGUUUUGCAGCUAGCACUGUAGUCAAAGCUGCUGUUAUAGGAAACUAAUCAUUCUGACAGAUCAAAAUCGAGCAUUCAACAGUGCUGUGGUAUAAACACAAUUAUGAGACAGACUUUCCACCGUCCUUAAAGAGAUCCAUUACCCAAAUGCCUUGAUGCAAGUGGUCUCAACCCCAGUCUUAGAACAUCCUAAUGGCAGCCCACCUGUGUAGAAGUCCUCAUCCGGGAGGACUCGUGUUUCACAUCGACUACUCAGGCAUCCUCAGUAAAAGCCCAAACUGCAUUCUGGGUAGUCUCCUGAGUCUUUUAGCCCUUGGUUCACUAUACAAGGCCUGGACUGCUAAUCUGGAACACUUGGUGAACAUCUUUUAUGGACCUCAGGACGUCAGCAGGACUCCAGGCAAAGAUCCAAAGAAGGACAAAUGUUGGGGUGGCAUCUGUAGGCCUCUUACAAUUAAGGCUUCAUUAGAUCAGACUUGUCCCAUUGGAGGUGUAUAUAUAAAGCCAGGGUGAGGGCAAUAGUCUGCAUGUAUCGUGAGUGGAGAUAUUCAACAGUCUGGGAUGUCCAAAGUCAAGGCUGCACCCCCACCGGGGUGCACAAUCAACAUCAACGACCCUCAGGUACAAGAGGCAGCUAUCCGCAUCCAGGCUUCAUAUCGGGGCCAUCGGUCGAGGAAAGAGCUACGUGAGAAAGGGCCGCCAAAGUUUCUGCAGGAGCUAAAAGAUGUGCUCUUGUUGGAAGGAAGUGCGGCAAAGUUGGAGUGCCAAGUCAGCGCUUUCCCUGACCCCUUUAUCAUCUGGUCAAAAGAUGGAAAAGAGCUUAAAGAUGGACCCAAGUAUCGCUAUGUGUUUGAGGACCCUGAUGUUGUGGCACUAGUGGUGCGUGAUGGAGAGUUAGCAGAUCUGGGAAGAUACACUGUUACUAUUAAAAACCCCUUUGGUCAGACAUCUGGCUCUGCCUGUAUCAUAGUGGAGGUCCCAGCUAAGGUGACCAAGGGACCAGACAGUGUGAAAGGCAGGAGAGGGACCACAGUGGUGCUGAAGGCAGAGAUCAGUGGGGAACCACCCCCUGAUGUUGGCUGGCUCAAGGAUGGAGAUGACAUAGAGGAAGAUGACAGAGUAUUUUUCGAUGUAGGUGACACCAACACCAUUCUCACUAUCAAAAGUGUACGGCCAUCGGAUUCUGGAAAGUAUGAGGUGUUUGUGGAGAACAACUUGGGAACGGAUCAGUCCUUUGCUCGAGUCGACAUCCUGUGAGGACCUCACACUCUUACCUUCUUACCUUCCAAACUGGAAGGUUAUUCGGUGUGUGUAUAAUAUAUUCUGAUGUUUCUAGACAGUUUAUGAUCGCCUGUAUUAUUAAAGAGAAUUACAUUAUGGCAUUACAUAUAUACUGAACAAUCCAUUAUUAUUAUUUUUUUUUUUUACCAAAUAACCUGAGAACACUAUUUAUGUGUUACAUUUGGGGGUUUUAGUAGCACUGACGAAUGUCACAUGUCAAAAUAGCAAGAUAUGCAAAAAUCUACUUACCCUUUCAAACAUGCAAUAAUAAAUAAAUUUAAAAAACAACAGAUUUUCACAAUUAUUGUGUGCUUUCU